UACCUUCCUCGCACACCUUUUCUUUCCAUUAUACGGAGCCAGUCGCCCCCCAGCCCUAACAAGCUGUGUAUGUAUCUAUCUAAACCUACCUUAUACUUGGAUCUUAAAUAUAAAUGCUGAUCUCAGUUCUCAGUGCUCGUUCGAGAUUGGACGAAGAGCAGUGUACUUAUACACCUAUACCGCGACGUUGUUUUUCUUUUGCUCCUUGAGCUGACGGACAAGAAUUAAAUUUUAUUACCGUGUUCAUUAGUACUCAGUUGUUUUUAUCAUAUAGGAUACUUUGCGUAUUGCUGGUGUUAUUAGGUAUUUACUGUUUCGGCAUCUUCUUUCCCCCGCAUGGUAAUAAUACGACGAGGUAGACGUCUAAUUAUUAAUAAAACGAAAAAAAAAACAAAGCUGUGAAAUAGAUUGUUGCAUCUAUAUCGGUAUACACCUGAUGGUCGCUGAACGAACGAGCUCCGAUCAAGUUAUAGGUGUGCAUCGGAAUGUCUACCGAAAUAGGCAGCUCACGUCAGCUAUUUUUAAUCAAAGACUGGACCAACGUACCUGUCAUGCCAUAAACGAAGGUAUAAAUAAUUUUGGAAAUCUAGGAUACAUAAAAAUGGGCUUCUCCAGCAGCUUGCAGGGCCAGGCCUCCCACGAGGCUCUGCUUGGUAGGCAGGAUGCUGAGAUUAAGCUCCUCGAGACUAUGAAGAGGUGCCUUACCACUAAGGUCAAGUCGGAUAGAGAAUAUGCUUCGAGUAUAUCAUCUCUGAGUAAUCAAGGCAAAAAGGUGGAGCGAGGCGAAGAUUUAGUUGGCAGUCUCAUAGCACAGAGCUGGAAGGAUAUUAUGGAAUCAAUGGAUCAGACUUCUAAAUUAAUUAAACAGCAGGCAGAUGCCAUGGAAAGCAUUGUCUUGGAGCAAAUAACUUCCCUUCACGCGGAAAGGAGAAAAGCCAGAAAAUUGUACCAAGAAGAGCAAUCUUGGUUAACUAAUCAGUUUCAACAGUUAACAGAUGAAGUAACCAGAAAAAAGACCGAAUACCAAAAAAAUCUUGAGAUGUAUAAGCUGAUGAGAUUCAGAUUUGAAGAGCACUAUGUUCGAUCUGGAAGGGUUGGACGUAAAGUUGAUGAAGUAAGGGAAAAGUAUCAGAAAGCAUGUCGAAAAUUACAUUUGACGCACAAUGAAUAUGUUUUACUUUUGGGAGCAGUCACCGAAUGUGAACAUGAUUUACGGACAUCUUAUUUACCUAGUCUCCUUCAAAGACAACAAGCCAUUCAUCAGGACUUCACAAUUACUUGGAAAGGUAUACUUCAAGAAAUAGUGAAGUAUACAGAUUUUACAAACGAAAAGUUUUUGGAAAUUUAUGCUCGCAUGAAAAAAGCUGUCGAUGUUGUGAAGCCAAUAGACGAAUAUAAAGAUUUUAUAGGAAAACACAGAACUAGACCAGCAUCCCCAAUAAGAUUUACAUUUGAUGAAAAUCUCGUCAAUGAUACUUCGGGUAAACUUCUUCCAAACAAGUUGACAGUUGAUAAUUUGACAAUAGAUUGGUUAAGAAAUCGAUUAACCGAAUUAGAGGCAUCUUUGAAAACUACCCAAUUGUCUCGACAAACUGCGCAGUCUAAUGCAGAAAAUAAUAGCGAUUCAAAAUCUGCCUUAGAUUGUGCACAAGAACGCGAAGAACUAAGAUUACGUUGUCAAGAGAGGAAAUUACAACGACAAGUGGAUGUCAUAAGAUGUGCUCUGAAUGAAUUGGGCUGUGAAGAAGUACCCUCUGGAUGCGAUUUAUCAAUGGAAGUAUCAUUCACGGAAACUUUGAACAAGAAAUGUUCCAUAACAGACAGUGGUCUUUUCACGUUGAGGAAAAAUAAAAAAAUAAUGCAAUUCGUUAAAACACCUUUUAAAUCAAUACCAGCAAUACAAAAUGGUAAAAAUGGUCUUUUUAGAGCUAGUAGCGAAGAUUCUGGUAUUCCUAGAAUAACGGAAUCCCCUUCACUUGGAGCGCAUCGUGAAAUUUCCAGUUGCAAUAAUCAGAAAGGAAAUGGAAACGGCGAUUUAACGGAAGAAGAGUGGUUUCAUGGUGUUUUACCACGAGAAGAAGUUGUACGUUUGUUGGUCAAUGAAGGAGACUUUCUUGUGCGUGAAACAACGAGGAACGAUGAAUGUCAAAUUGUUCUAUCUGUUUGUUGGGAUGGCCAUAAACAUUUUAUUGUUCAGACUACGCAAGAGGGCCACUUUCGAUUUGAAGGUCCUGCAUUUCCGUCAAUACGAGAGCUCAUAACGCACCAGCUUAAAUCUGGUUUAGCAGUAACUAGUCGUUCAGGAGCUAUCUUGAAAACCCCGAUACUGAGAGAGAGGUGGGAAUUAAAUAACGACGACGUCAUAUUAUUAGAAAAAAUCGGUCGAGGUAACUUCGGAGAUGUGCACAGAGCAUUAUUGAAAACGUGUAAGACUGAAGUAGCUGUUAAAACUUGUAAAAUAACACUGCCGGAUGAACAAAAAAAAAAGUUUUUGCAAGAAGGUAGAAUUUUAAAGCAAUAUGACCACCCGAAUAUUGUGAAACUUAUAGGAAUUUGUGUACAAAAACAACCAAUCAUGAUUGUUAUGGAGCUCGUUCCAGGUGGGUCAUUGUUGACAUAUCUAAGAAAAAAUGUCUCAACUAUAACUCAAGCGGAGCAAUAUCAGAUGUGCAAAGAUGCUGCUGCUGGAAUGUGUUAUUUAGAAUCUAAAUACUGUAUUCAUCGAGAUUUAGCCGCUAGGAAUUGUCUUGUUGGAUACGAGUCAAUUGUAAAAAUUUCGGACUUUGGUAUGUCUAGAGAAGAGGAAGAGUAUAUUGUGUCGGACGGUAUGAAACAAAUUCCUAUAAAAUGGACAGCUCCAGAAGCCCUUAAUUUUGGAAAAUACACUUCCCUUUGUGAUGUUUGGAGCUAUGGAGUGUUGAUGUGGGAAAUUUUUUCAAAAGGCGGCUAUCCUUACAGUGGGUUGUCGAACUCGCAAGCCCGUGAGAAAAUAGACUCAGGUUAUCGAAUGCCUGCUCCUGACGGUACCCCCGAAGAAAUUUACCGUCUUAUGCUACAAUGUUGGGAGUAUGAACCGGAUAAAAGACCACAUUUUGAUCAAAUAUAUUCUACUAUUGAUUCUUUAGCUCCAAGCUACAGACUUGUUCAAGCAUAAACCGGCUAGUAUAAAUGUACAUACAGUGAAAUCAAUAUUACAUUUGGCCAACAGAUGAAAUCAUCAUUGAAAUUUAAAUUUCGAUGUUAAAAUUCCUGCCAUAGUUUAAUUAAUAUGAAAAAUUACUGAGAAUCUUUCUUAGAAAAAUUUCGAGAUUAUGUAAGUGCAUGCGUGUAUAUUUUCUGUACAUGUGGAUUACACAUCGUGCUAUAAAAAGGAAAAAUAAUCCUAGAUAUGAACUUCAAGUUUAGUAUACUUAUCAAUCAUACUUAUCGAAAGAAGUAUUAUUAUUGUGUUUAUCGUUGUAGUUACUGUAAUUAAUUAAACUAUUAGAUAUGUUUUUGAUUACAAGAAAUUUUUAAUAAGACUUUUUACAACUGUUUUUAUAUUCUUUAUUGAAAAUAAUUCAAGUAAAAAACAUGAAUAGUUGUAUUUCAAUUUGUCUAUUCGAACUCAAUUAAAAAAAUUUUUUUUUAUUUUUACGCUGACCUAUUUCUUUGUACAAAAAACUGACAAUAAAAAAAAAAAAAAAUUAGUAAUUU